CAUUCACCAAACUGCGCCUACUCGCAUCACCAGAGCAUUAAACCAGGUGGUAAACAUACAAUUGCUUGACAUUGAUCGCGACACAUUCAACAUUGACUCAAAGCCAUCUUAUUCAUUGCAACUACCACAAUGGCCGCUGUAGCCACCGCGCCUCGCGGUCUUCAACCAAAUUCAUCCUUGCCGGCCAAGGUGCAACCUAUUCCACCUAAUCAGACUCUCUACGUUACAAACCUCCCCUCUUCAAAAAUCCAGAAAGACGACCUUCGAACCGCUUUGUACUUGCUCUUCUCAACAUAUGGAUCAGUGCUGGAUGUUGUCGCUCUCAAGACCAUGAAGAUGCGUGGCCAAGCCCAUAUUACGUUCCGAGACGUACAGUCUGCUACACAAGCCAUGAGGUCUCUUGAGGGGCAAUCAUUCCUCGGCCGCGACUUGAAAAUACAAUAUGCCAAGUCAAAGUCCAACUUUGUGGCCAAGCUCGAUGGCACUUUCAAGAUUCCUUCCAUGAACGCAGGCGCCGCCAAUGUCGAACAGACCGAACUGCAACAGAGCAUCUUCAACGCGCCCCCUCCCGGAUCAGCACCUGCACCUGGCUCCGGCCUUCCCCCGAAACCUACUGCGAACACCGAUCAGGUUAUGGAAGACGCCGGCACGCCAGGUGAUCGGGGGCAGAAGCGAACUCGCGACGAAGAGGAUAGUGAUUCGGAUGUGGCAAUGGAGGAGGACAGUGAUGAUGAUUGAUGAACCAAUGGAAGGUCGGCUAUAUCUCUGAGAGACGCAAUCUAGACCCGUCUACUGCAUUGCCAUCUCUUUGGGCACCCACAGACCCACGCAGCCCCCAACAAGCCCGAGCCAUAUCAUGAGGUAGUUCGUCCUGUCGCACUCGAAUUUGGAGAUGGCGUCUCCUAACAAGCAUGGGUGGACAAAAAAGGAUGGGACGCC